GUUUGCCCAGGUCCCUUCAUGUUAACACAUGCCCAGGUCAUCCUUUUCAUGUUAACCCUAUAUCGCCGAGCGUGACGAAUUAGUUACGUUCGUUUCUAGUGAGUCCAGAGCUAAAGAAAAUGGAGUGAGAGAGCUGUGAACGAGUGCAACGUUUCAGGCACGUUCUACUGCUCAUAUUUAAGGGAUGGCAAAUCUUCUCGCUUGUGGUACUUGGCAGCUGUCUGGUCCUCCCUAGCAGAGAUCAGCUGACUGUGCCACGCCACACACUCCUCUCUGUUGUCAUGUGCAAAUGCAGUCUCACAGGUAUGGAUUCCUUUCGAUUUUAUGGAGUGAGGCGUGCUUUGGAGCGUGUUCUUCAUGCCCAAAAGGAAAAUGAUGACAGUGAUUUUGAUGAUAAUACAGAGGAAUGUCCAGACUAUGGGAGUGAUUACAUGCCGGAUGAUGAAGAGCUGGAACGGGCACCGUUGAUUGAUGAACCUGAUGACCCUCCUGAAUCAAGACCAGGACCUUCACAGCAGAAUCAAGGUCACAAGAUGGCUUCCAGUAAAAUAAACGUAGUGAGCACCCACUAUGGCGUCAAAUUGAAGGCCAGAACACUAGCUUAGACACAUCCGUGUGGACCCCGGGGUA